UCGCUCCCUCCGUGGUCCGGGUCCCCGCAGUCCCCUCCCCGGGCGGGCUGGCUUGUCCGCAGCUAUGGGCGCUGUCAUUUCUGCCCUGCUGGUGGGGGGAGGGCUGGCCGGGGCGUUCUUCGUCUGGCUGCUGCGGGGCGAUCCCGGGGACCGGGAUGCGGGGACCGGGGAGGGGCGAGAGCUGUCGCCUGCGGGGGCGGCCGCAGCAGCCCCGAGGGGGGACGGAGGGGACGGAGGAAAGGAUGGCGGGGACCUCCCCAAACAAGAGCAGGCGGCCCGACUCAGGGAGCCCAGGGGCGAUGGGAAUGUCAAGAAAGCGUCCGGAGAGCAACAUCAGGAAAGUGAUGGACAUUUGGUGUUGGAGUCCAAGAGCGGUGACCUUGAUGGUCCAACCUGGAAACCGCAGAAUAUUUCUAGCCAAGACUUUGACAGUCUAAGACCAGGAGAGCAGCUCUAUUCCCAACAGUUGCUAGGGACAGAAUCUCUGACUCUCUCUGGGCUUCCUAACUCUGUGAACCACUCAGAAGUGUUAAGUAGUGAAAACCCAGAACCUUCUCCAGCAGCAGAUGCUCUAAAAGGACAGGAGGCAUCCUCCCAAACAGCUGUGUGCCCUUCAGGGAAGUUCUCUUCUGAUAAUUUACUCGUGGACAAACAUGAAGAAUAUCUGAAAACUCAAAAGGCGGCAGGUACAGAUCUGGUUCAUCGUGAGGACUGGAAAAUGGUAUCUGAGCACUCAGUGUGGAGAGACGCUGGUAAGGGCGAGAGCUCUGAGCCUUCUCAUGCUGGUGUAUCUACGCCUGAACUCCAGACGUCGAGCGCAAGCCAGGGACUGGACCAUGGAAGAGACUCCCUCAAGGACGCCAAAGGUCAAGAGAUUCAUUUGAAAACAAAGAGAGUGGCAGCAGUGUUCCCGUUAUCUCAGCAAGUCAACGUGCAGUUCCAGGUUCAUUAUAUCACCAUGUCUGACACCGCCAUUGUGGCAGUAACUGGAGACCAUGAGAUCCUCGGCAGCUGGCAAGGUUACAUCCCACUCCAGUGUGGCAAGGAUUGGUUCUGGUCCAGAUCUGUUCCCUUGCCAAUGGAUACAGCACUGAAGUGGAAAUUUGUGAUCGUGGAGAAUGGGAGCAUUGUCCGUUGGGAAGAAUGCAGUAAUCGACUCCUAGAGACUGGGCAUGAAGAUACAAUUGUUCAUAAAUGGUGGGGCUGUCACUGACUGGUUUGGGGAAGUGUCAGAAUAACUUUUAGGACUAUUGUGGGGUUUUUUUAUUAUUACUAUAGAUUUAUUCCACAAGAACUCCAGGGUUAUCCUCAGUAGCUCUUUUAGCCCCUGGAGUUUAUUAAGAGUUAUUGACUGCAUUUAUAUGAAGAUGCUGCUUCUGAGUGUGCCUCCUCCUUUCCCUUCCCCCACUCCAUAGAGCUUUUCGGUUUCCCAUCCGUUAAUGUCCUUGUGCUGGUCCGUUCUUUCUUCAUUGCUCAGUUGCCUUGGCACAAGGAACUAGCUGAAGGGUUCUGUCGAGUGGUCACAGUGGUUCAAACUUGUGGAGAACCAGCACAUCCUUUAAAGAUCACCUGACUUCCUGCUAGUUUAACAAAUAAUGAUGAUGUCCUUUGGACUCUGUUUCAGAGUCAAGGAAUAAUUUUGUUGCCUUUCUUUGUACCUCUGGUGCCUGGUACAAAUGCCUGUUGAGUGAUUGACUGAUUGAGUAAUGAAGUGAAAGAGUCUGGUCUUCCAAAUGUCACUAGCAAAGGCAUGAAGUAUUAUUUUAGGAUAGCUUUCAUAGGCUUAGGCCAACAUUUGGAGCAUUGCUUUUGUUUUUCGGUGUGUUCUUGGAGGGAGAAGAAUGUGUAUUUUUAGCUUAGUUCGCUCGAUGACUGACAAAGUCAUGGUAAACUCCCCCUGACUGUAUUCCCUCUGGGGAUGGGGCAACAGAAGCAAGAUGCUGGUGGAAGUAGGCUCCCCAGUAGCCCUUCCUAGAGAAUAGGAAGCGCUAAGAUGCCGCAUGGAUUCAAGUGAGGCCCUUAAACUGUACACUUCAGGUGCCCCAAUCUGGAAAGAAGACAUUUCUAGCCUGGAACAUUCAACAUCUGUUAUUUCCAUCUCAGCCCUGUCCAACGUGUAUGCAGUACGUAUGUUCAUACUUAUAGUUCUGGUGGGCAGUACUGGGGUCUAUAAUCACAGUAGUAGGCAACCUAGGACAAUACUGUUAUCCUGGGAAUUGUGGGGAAAGUGUGCUUGGAGUUGUUGGAACUAAGUAUACAAUAAAGCUUGCUUUUUUCAUGUCUUUGA